AUGCCCUGCUUCCCCCGAAAGGGAAGCCUAAACAAGCAGUACAAAAUACUGUACACCAUCGGCCAGGGUGGAUUUGGCUAUGUACAACUGGCCCUCCAUCGCCUCACAGGCAUGCCCGUCGCAAUUAAAGUUGUAGAAAAUCUGAAGACACACCUGCACCUCGUUCUAUCAGAGAUAGCAGUACUGGAAACCGUGCAACACCCACACAUCAUUCGCCUCUUCCAGGUUUUAACGACCACAAAAUACUGCUAUAUAAUUACUGAGUAUGCAUCGGAAGGCAAUCUGUACGAACUGGUGAAGGAAGAAGGCAGGCUGCAGGAGGAACAGGCACAGGUGAUAUUUGGGCAGCUGGUGUCAGCCAUAAGGUGCUGCCACGACCAUGACAUUGUCCACCGAGACCUGAAGCCCCCAAACAUCCUGCUAGAUGCACAUGGAAAUGUGAAGCUGGGAGACUUUGGCCUUGCUACCAGGUGCAGAGCUGGCACUGUGCUGUAUGGGCGCUGUGGGACCAAAAGCUACAACGCCCCAGAAAUGAUUCUGAGGGAAGGCUACGACGGGAAGAAGGCAGACGUGUGGAGUGUGGGUGUGUUGCUGUACUUUAUGACAACUGGGCACCACCCCUUCAAAGGAAGCACCCUGGAAGAGACCGAGAAAAAGAUCACUAUUGGCAUGUAUGACAUCCCAGCUCACAUCUGUGGGCAACUGGAAAAUCUCAUUCACCAAAUCUUAACAGUUGCCCCAGAGAGGAGGCCCUCCAUUGAAGACCUUCAACAUCAUCCAUGGGUCAAGAACCCUGAAGGAAACAUCUUUAGUGACCCCUACCCAAAUCCUAAAAUUGUUGACAAGCUGUUUGACCAUGGGUUUGCUGCCAACGAGAUCUUUGACUCACUGCAGAAGCGGAAAUACGACGAGAUAAUGGGGACAUACCUGUUACUACAAGAGCAGGAACACCAGGGGCUUGACUUCACCUCCUCAGUCACUACGGCAGACCCUCGCCCUGCACCUCCACCAUCUCCAGUCCCUCCUUUAACAUCGGGCCGUUACCUAAAAAGAAGAGCCAGUGAGCCCGCCUUUGGCCUUCUCCACACCCGGCCUUCACAACAGGACAAGCCUGAUGUCUCCACGCCUCUAUGGUGUCCCCAGAAGAAGAGCCCCACUUCGAGCCAUGCCCCACCGACCAAGGCUGCAUCUGUCCCAUGUGUCUACCACAGCAGGGUAGAAGAAGAAAUGCCCCUGCCACCUGGACCUGACUCUAACAUGGAAAAAUCAUGCCUCCCUCAGAACAUCGGGUGCUUCAGCAGACUGUGCAGGAGAAUCAGAGUCUGCCUGUCAAGACUGUGUUGCUUCCCGAGGGCUUCAAAUCCACAAACCCGGCGUGUGUUCAACAACAAAGUGGCUCCUCUGAAAGAGUCACCCAGUGAGGAAUAG